GUGACCCGCGUCAGGAAAAUGGCCACGAACACAUCUGUAGUCCCGGUGGCUGUGCCAGCUACCGUGGUGCCAGUCCUGUCCACGAAUGGCGAUUUCUCAGAUUUGCGAGAAAUUAAAAAACAACUGCUGCUUAUUGCGGGCCUUACUCGGGAGCGGGGCCUGUUGCACAGUAGCAAAUGGUCCGCGGAGUUGGCCUUUUCUCUCCCCGCGUUGCCUCUAGCGGAGCUGCAGCCGCCGCCGCCUAUUACAGAGGAGGAUGCCCAGGAUAUGGAUGCUUACACGCUGGCCAAGGCCUACUUUGAUGUUAAAGAAUAUGAUCGGGCAGCUCAUUUCCUGCACGGCUGCAAAAGCAAGAAGGCCUAUUUCCUGUACAUGUAUUCCAGAUAUCUGUCUGGAGAAAAAAAGAAGGAUGAUGAAACAGUUGAUAGCCUAGGCCCCUUGGAGAAGGGACAGGUAAAAAAUGAGGCGCUUAGAGAAUUGAGAGUAGAGCUCAGCAAAAAACACCAAGCUCGGGAACUUGAUGGAUUUGGCCUUUAUCUGUAUGGUGUGGUGCUUCGAAAACUCGAUUUGGUGAAAGAGGCCAUUGAUGUGUUUGUGGAGGCUACUCAUGUUUUGCCUUUGCAUUGGGGAGCCUGGUUAGAACUCUGUAACCUGAUCACAGACAAAGAGAUGCUGAAGUUCCUGUCUUUGCCAGACUCCUGGAUGAAAGAGUUUUUCCUGGCUCAUAUAUACACAGAGUUGCAGUUGAUAGAGGAGGCCCUGCAAAAGUAUCAGAAUCUCAUUGAUGUGGGCUUCUCUAAGAGCUCAUACAUUGUUUCUCAAAUUGCAGUUGCCUAUCACAAUAUCAGAGAUAUCGACAAAGCUCUCUCUAUUUUUAAUGAGCUAAGGAAACAAGACCCUUACAGGAUUGAAAAUAUGGACACCUUCUCCAACCUUCUUUAUGUCAGGAGCAUGAAAUCUGAGUUGAGCUAUCUGGCUCAUAAUCUUUGUGAGAUUGAUAAAUAUCGUGUAGAAACAUGCUGUGUAAUUGGCAAUUAUUACAGCUUGCGCUCUCAGCAUGAGAAGGCAGCCUUAUAUUUUCAGAGAGCUCUGAAAUUGAAUCCUCGGUAUCUUGGGGCUUGGACACUGAUGGGACAUGAAUACAUGGAAAUGAAGAACACAUCAGCUGCUAUUCAGGCCUACAGACAUGCCAUUGAAGUCAACAAGCGGGACUACAGAGCUUGGUAUGGCCUUGGACAGACCUAUGAAAUCCUUAAGAUGCCAUUUCACUGUCUUUAUUAUUACAGACGGGCCCACCAGCUUCGGCCCAAUGAUUCUCGUAUGCUGGUUGCUUUAGGAGAAUGUUAUGAGAAGCUGAACCAACUAGUGGAAGCCAAAAAGUGUUAUUGGAGAGCUUACGCCGUGGGAGACGUGGAGAAAAUGGCUCUGGUGAAACUAGCAAAGCUUCAUGAACAGUUGACUGAGUCAGAACAGGCUGCCCAGUGUUACAUCAAAUAUAUCCAAGAUAUCUAUUCCUGUGGGGAAAUAGUGGAACACUUGGAAGAAAGUACUGCUUUCCGCUAUCUGGCCCAGUACUAUUUUAAGUGCAAAUUGUGGGAUGAAGCUUCAACUUGUGCCCAGAAGUGUUGUGCAUUCAAUGAUACUCGGGAAGAAGGUAAGGCCUUGCUCCGGCAGAUUCUUCAGCUUCGAAACCAAGGCGAGACUCCCACCACUGAGAUGCCUGCUCCAUUUUUCCUCCCUGCUUCACUCUCUGCUAACAAUACUCCCACACGCAGAGUUUCUCCACUCAACUUAUCUUCUGUUACACCAUAGUCGGCUGCUUUCAAGCCAGCUUGUUAGACACAUAUUAAGCCUUACAUCCAUGUAAAGAACUGCAUCGUCUGUCCUUCCAAGGACUCAAUUCUUGUUUCUACAGAUAGAAACAGCUCUUUGCGGACAGUUUAUAUUACCAUCUAUGGAGGCAGACUGACAGAAGAAUACUGGCAGG